AUGGCUCCUGACAAGAAAAAUAUCCAAGGCCACAUUUGGCCUGGUCUUCCUAAAAACAACGAGACGUAUUUCUCCUUUAAGAUUCCGGACGGAAGCGAAGAUGAGUUUCGGCAGGCUCUCAAAAGCUUGGUGGGCGACGACCAGAUCACAACCGCUCAACAGGCGUUGGACGACCGAUCUAAAAUAGCUGAACACAAACAAAACGGGGACGCUGGCUGCCUCGAGGUCGUUGGGGUGAAUAUAGCCUUUUGCCCUCGGGGAUUGCACAAGAUCGGGAAAACGGGAAACACCGCAGAUGGGCCCGCUUGUGGCGGCGACGAGUUCAAUUGGGGCAUGUACAAAGAGAGAGGUGCCUUUGGUCAGGAUGACUUGAGCCAGUGGAUGCAGGAAUUCCACAACCCCGGUGACCCUUGGGUCGAACAUCCCCCCGAUGUGCGACUCCAUGACGGUCUGCUCAUCGUCAGCGGUGAUUCUGAAAAAACCGUGAGCGACAAAUUGGACGAGAUCCUGAACAGAUUCGGGUCCUCACUCGAGGAAACCCUUCGAAUUGACGGAAAAGUCCGGCCGGGUGACAACAGAGGCAGAGAACACUUUGGGUUCAAAGAUAACAUAUCACAACCCGCACUCGAAGGCCUAGACACGCCUCCAGCAGGGAAAGCGCCAAGGAUGGUUCCUCCACAUUACAUCUUCGUCGACCCUUCGAAGGACAGCAAGUCCCCACAGUGGGCUGCAGAUGGCAGCUUUCUUGUCUUCCGCAAAAUGCAGCAACUGGUGCCCGAAUUUGACCGGUUUUUGGCCGAGAAAGGUCCCGAAUGCUCCCCGAAUUUACCCCCAGAACACGCUGCUGGACUUCUCGGGGCCCGACUGGUCGGACGAUGGAAGAACGGCGCCCCGGUGGACAUUGCCCCUGACCACGACGACCCCAGUCUUCCGGUGAAUCAGCUGAAUUCUUUUGAUUAUUCCACAAACUCCAAUGACCCUCGAGUUAGAUGUCCCUUUGCCGCCCAUACGCGCAAGGUGCGGCCCAGGAGUGACGACAAGAACAAGGACACCCAUGCCAUUCUGCGUAGGGGUAUCGCCUACGGAGAUGAAGUCACGGAUGAAGAGCGCAGCAUGCAAAAGACUGAUAUGGGGAAUGGCGAUCGCGGCAUUCUGUUUGUUGGCUACCAGAGUGAUCUGUUCCAGGGAUUUAGGACUCUCCAGAGCAAGUGGGCAAAUGGACAACAUUUCCCUACCGCAAAGCAAAGAAUUACCGGGCCUGGCGGACCAGGACUCGAUCCCAUCAUUGGCCAAAAUGCAAAGACUAAUGUUCCUCGUGAUAUAAGUCUUGCAAAUGGAAUGGGCUAUGCUCCCCGUCUUCCUUUGGAACAAUGGGUGAUACCCCGGGGCGGUGAUUACUUUUUCUCGCCGUCAAUCGGUGAACUGGGCAAUGUGGCCUAG